CCUCCUUUUACGCGUCGUUCUCGACGGGCGAUAUUGACGGUCCUUCGUUUCGCUUUCGCACCACCAGCGGCUUCCGUCUUAAUCGUCACUGCUCGUAACCUAAAACGCAACUCGAAGAUCUCACAGUCGUGGAAACCUUGUCGAUCGACGUAGGCACUGAGAUGGCUGAAGCAAAGCCUGCAAUGAGGAAACCGGUGUUCACCAAGGUAGAUCAGUUGCGUCCUGGGACUAGUGGCCACACUCUUACCGUGAAGGUUGUGAGUUCGAAGAUGGUAAUGCAGAAGGGCCGUCCCGAUGGGCCCCAAGUUCGUCAAACGAGGAUCGCUGAAUGCAUGAUCGGGGAUGAGACAGGCAUUAUUGUAUUUACAGCUAGAAAUGAGCAAGUUGACUUGAUGAAGCCCAAUACGAUUGUAAUCCUGCGGAAUGCCAAAAUCGACAUGUUUAAGGGAUCCAUGAGGCUUGCUGUGGACAAGUGGGGACGUAUUGAGGUGACCGAAACUGAACCGGCAGAUUUUGCUGUCAAAGAAGAUAACAAUCUAUCGCUUGUCGAGUAUGAGUUGGUUAAUGUUGCUGAAGAGUGAUGCUAGGGAGCUUGUUUAUGUCCCGAUGGGAGUAGACAGAUUGAGAAAGGAAUUCUAUUAGCGGUUCGUGAGUUGGUGAAAAAGUGAAGUGGUAUGAGGAUAUCCUAGUCAAUUAUGAGUAUCGGUUACUGAAAGAAAUCAGAGAUCAGCUGAUGCAGAUAUAACAUCAAAAAUCGUUCUUACCCUUGCCUCAGGCUCAUUUAAAUCCUGCUGAGGGAGCUGUCUAGAUCAGUUUGGUGUGGCAUACUAGUGGCAAUAACUGCAGAUGGAAGUUUAGCGACUAAUCUGGAUACAUCUCAUGAGAGGGCAAUGAUGUAUUCAUUGUAAUAGGAUGGUCGAUAUGGACAACCUACUUCAUGCAACUUUAUUUGUGUUUUAUGACAAUCUUCCCGUUGAGUUUGUGUUUGUUAAUCACACUGUCUACUUUAAUUGUGUUUUGUUGAGCUGCUC